ACCAACCCCGCCCCCGGUUCACGUCAAAUCUAGCCGCCCGCCUACAACGGUUUUUCCUCCAGUCUACAAAUCAGAGACGAGCAGUCUAACGCCGGCAGCCAAUCGACACCAAGUGCGGGUUAAAGAACCUUGAAAGCGGGAGGUUUGAAUCGCUGGGCGGAGUGGUUGUUGGUAGAGUGGAGAAUUGCGGCCUGUUCUUAUCUGCGGUGGUCACAGGUCGUCCUGCAGCGCUCGCUCCGAGACGUGUCCGGCUCCCUGCCCUGACAGUGAGGGGAAAUAUCAAUGAUCUCCUCCCCCGACUCCCUGUCCUCAUCUACCAACAGACCCUCUUCUUCCUCUGACUCCUCCUGCAGAAACUGAAGGGGUCUUUUAACUAACCUUCGGACAGUCUGGGAGGGGACACUAUGGAGCAACGUUCAGCAAAAGAAAAUCACAAUGGGCAUUCUGGCUGUAACGUAAAGAGUAUGACCGAUGGCCCAAAGCGUAUCCCGGUGUCCCAGCAACAGACUGCCCAUGCAAAGCCAACUGGAACAAGUGGCGCAAGUCAAAGAAUACUUUGCUCUUCAAAUAUUCCUCAGCGAGUCCUUGCACCGAAGCCGGUCUUACCCAAUCAAAAGCAACUGAAUGUACAGCCAACUAAUCAGCCCCAAUCCAAACCUGCAACCCAGGGGCCAAAGACAGGCCAAUCACAGUCAGCUAAUGAAAAUAAAGAACCAGCUCCAACACACAGUACUGCUGAAAAGAAAAUCAAUGCAGAUCAGGGCAAGACUCAAGCUGCUGCUCCUGCCAAGGGAGAAGGUAAAAGGAAGCAAUGGUGUCUGGAUGACUUUGAGAUUGGUCGCCCUUUAGGGAAAGGAAAGUUUGGUAAUGUUUACCUGGCCCGGGAGAAGGAGAGUAAAUUCAUCCUGGCACUAAAGGUUCUCUUUAAAUCUCAGCUGGAGAAGGGAGGUGUGGAGCAUCAAUUGCGGAGGGAAGUAGAAAUUCAGUCCCACUUAAGACAUCCAAACAUUCUCAGACUAUAUGGCUAUUUCCAUGAUGCCACCAGAGUCUACCUCAUCCUGGACUAUGCUCCCCGGGGAGAGCUCUACCGAGAACUUCAGAGGUGCUCAAGGUUUGAUGACCAGAGGUCUGCUACUUAUAUCACUGAGCUGGCAGAUGCACUCCUGUAUUGCCAUUCCAAGAACGUUAUACACAGAGACAUCAAACCUGAGAAUCUGCUCCUGGGCUCCAAUGGGGAGCUUAAAAUCGCUGACUUUGGUUGGUCAGUGCAUGCCCCGUCCUCAAGGAGGACAACACUGUGUGGCACUCUGGACUACUUGCCUCCCGAGAUGAUUGAGGGUCGGAUGCAUGAUGAGAAGGUAGAUCUGUGGAGCCUUGGUGUACUCUGUUAUGAGUUUCUGGUUGGGAAGCCUCCAUUUGAAGCGGAAACUCACCAGGAAACUUACCGGAGAAUUUCAAAGGUGGAGUUCCAGUUCCCACCGUAUGUGUCAGAAGGUGCCAGAGAUCUCGUUUCAAGACUGCUGAAGCACAACCCAAACCAUAGACUGCCCCUGAAAGAUGUUCUUGAGCAUCCCUGGGUUAUACAAAAUUCUAAGCAUUCUAAGACUGUGGAGAGUAAUGCACAAAAAGAUCUAUGAGUGGAUAGGGACUGUGGGCGUCAUGACAUGGCUUCCAGUAGCAAAUGUUUUUCAAACUUUAACAGUAAUUCUUAUAAUCUUCACUCAUAAUAUCUACUCCCACAUCCCCUAGCGUGACCGGAAUGACCAUAAAUCUAUAUACCAUACAUUGAAUGUUAAAAUAACGCUCCUGUUGAUCAGAUUAUGGUAAAUUCAAAAUGGAGAGUUAGAAUUUAAACAUGUUUUAAAGUGGAAAGCUGUAUUCUGGGUUGGGUUGACUGGUGCAAUAGCGAUACGAAUGCCUUGAUGUAUUUAUUUAGGCUGCUGCUGCAGUCUUCAACAGUUGCUUGAAUCUGUGAAUAGGUCAUUGGAUCUACUACGUGUAUAUAUGUUUAAAAAUUGUUUCUCUUUUUAAUGUGUUAUGUCUCCUUUUAUUCUGGCUAUUUGUAAAAGGUAACUUUUCAAAUUUAAAAUAAAAUUAUUUGUUUUGA